AUUCCUUCAUCAAAAUUUCCCCUUCCCACUCACUCAAAACGCCUUCUGUAAGAGCGGGAUCUCGAAAAACCUCUUGAAUCUCGUUACCAUCGGCGAAAUGUGAUCGGAACUCAUCGCAAAUGGCUGAAGCUCCGACUGGAAAUGGAAGCGUCUCGUUGUUCUCUCCGUUCAGGAUGGGGGAGUUCGAUCUCUCUCACAGGGUGGUUCUGGCGCCGAUGACGAGAUGUAGAGCUUUGAAUGGAAUUCCGGGGGCGGCGCUGGCCGAAUAUUACACUCAAAGGUCAACCGACGGUGGAUUUCUGAUCAGCGAAGGGACUUCGAUCUCCGCCACCGCCGCUGGAUUUCCACAUGUUCCUGGAAUUUACACUGACGAACAGGUGCAAGCAUGGAAACCAGUGGUGGAUGCUGUUCAUGCCAAAGGCAGCAUUAUUUUCUGUCAACUCUGGCACGUAGGCCGAGCUUCACACCAAGUCUAUCAACCUAGUGGGAUGCCACCGAUUUCAUCCACAAGCAAACCCAUUUCAAAGAGGUGGAGAAUCUUGCUUCCUGAUGGCUCCUAUGGCACAUAUCCAAGCCCACGAGCACUUGGUAUUUACGAGAUCGAGGCCGUGGUUGAGCAGUAUCGACAUGCUGCUUUGAAUGCUAUUCAAGCAGGCUUUGAUGGGAUUGAGAUCCAUUCAGCCCAUGGCUACCUCCUUGAUCAAUUCUUAAAAGAUGGUAUAAAUGAUAGAACAGACCAAUAUGGUGGAUCUCUCACAAACCGAUCUCGGUUCUUAUUGAAGGUAAUUCAAGCAGUAGUUUCUGCCAUUGGAUCGUAUCGAGUUGGUGUUAGAAUUUCUCCUGCCAUCGACCACCUCGACGCAAUGGAUUCCAAUCCUCUCAAGCUCGGUCUACAUGUCGUCGAUCAACUCAACAAACUCCAACAAGAAGUUGGCACGAAGCUAAGUUAUCUCCAUGUAACUCAGCCUCGGUACACAGCCUAUGGCCAGACGGAGUCGGGCAGGCCGGGAAGCGAAGACGAGGAAGCUGAGUUUAUGAGGACUUUAAGAAGAGCUUAUCAAGGAACAUUCAUUUGCAGCGGCGGGUUCACUCGAAAACUAGGAAUGGAAGCAAUCGAGAACGGAGACGCAGAUUUGGUGUCGUAUGGUAGGCUUUUCAUUGCCAACCCUGACUUGGCUUUGAGAUUUAAGCUCAGUGCACCAUUGAACAAGUAUGUUAGGAAGACUUUCUAUACACAAGAUCCUGUUGUUGGCUAUACAGAUUACCCAUUUCUUAACAGUGUAAGUGAUGAAAAUAAGCCUCUUUCUCGCCUUUGAUUGGACUGUUUUGAGCAUAAUAUUCUUGAGGUUCUUAUAUUUUAGUGUAAUUUUCUCAGUGAUUUGAAGUAUUAUCACGAUCUUGGAAGAGUUGAGGAAAUACAAGUUGGGUACUGCCUAAUUGUAUUUAUAAUCAUAAUACUUGUAUUUGUUUUACAAAUUAUGUAAAAUAGUUCUCUAAUUUGAUAUGUCUUACGCACUCA